AUGGUGCUUUUAAAAUUACUUUCAAAUACAGAAAACACAAGUGGUACGGGAUCGAUAAAUCGAGCAUUCCAUGCCAUCGAGUCUCAAUUAUCCCACAAAACACGGGUGUACAACAACAACCAGCACUCGACGCUUCCAAUUCAAACCUAUUCUGGAAAGUCUGCCGGAAGUGAGAUGUACCGUGCCGUUUCGGCCGGCCGCCUAACGGGGAUCUUCUGUGACAUAGAGGACUCUAAGAGAUAUGUCAAAGGUUAUCCUGAUGCCAGUCACAGGAUCUUUGAGUGCAAAGAAGAAGCAUUCAGAUGGAUGGAAUACAUGAAAAGAAGCAAAAUCGACAAGGAGAAUGCAAGAUUGAGAGAACGUUUCGGGGAGGAUUGUACGGAGCAAGAAGAAUGGGAGAAGAAUGGCAUUGAGUCGUAUGAAGCCUACAGAGAUGCCGAAAAUCCAGGGAAUAUCGAGGAUUCCGUCGAGUUACCUCUAGACAAACUGUCUGAGGACCAAAAAUACAUACUCGAUCUCGUUUUGGAAGGCCAUCAUGUUUUCUAUACGGGUCCAGCUGGAUCAGGAAAAUCUCUGCUCCUGAAGCAUAUAAAAUAUCAUCUCUGGAAAGAAAAAAAACGAUAUGACAUCACUGCACCCACUGGUGCCGCAGCUGUUCUCAUAAAUGGACGAACAAUACAUUCAUGGAGUGGUUUAGGAAAAGGCGACAAAGGUCUUAACGAUUAUAUCAUCAAAGUAUGGAAGGAGAUACGGAUGACAUCGGGGGAAUCGUAUGAGUCAACAUCUAAACGUUCAAAGAAAAAUCAAAAUUUGGGAGGUAGAUCAGUGGUAGGCAUCUGGCGUGAAAUAGAUGUGUUGAUUAUAGAUGAAGUUUCUAUGUUGUCACCUGACUUAUUCGAAAAAUUGGAUAAAAUUGCAAGAAUUUGUCGUUUCCAUAACCCCAUGGAUCUUCUCGAAAGUAUUGCUACUAAUGGCUUAGACGAGACUUUAAAUACGAUUCCGGCCUUCGGUGGUGUACAGCUUGUUAUAUGUGGCGACUUUUUCCAGCUCCCACCAGUUGACGUCGAAAGCGAAUCUGUUAUUCCAAUCAAAGACCGAAAAUACCUCCGUGAGGAUCAUAAACGCACCACCAAGGAAGUAUCACAUCUUGAACACAUUCAUUCAAUGAAUACACAAACAUGGUCGCAAAUUAAUUUCCGCUAUGCGUUUCUGACGAAAGUGUAUCGACAAAAUGAUCAAAAAUGGAUUGACAUGCUUUCGAGGAUUAAGACCGGGGAUGUGACAGAUGAGAUUCUAGACCACUUAGUAUCUUUAAACAGGCCUUUAAAACCGACCGAAAACGGUAUUGUACCGACCAGGCUAUAUUCCUACCGCAGAGAUGUUGAACGAGAAAACCAGGAGGAAUUCAACAAAUUAAAGUCAAAAGUUUGGGGAUUUGCUGCGGUUGAUAAAGGGUUUUCGGAAGCCCUUGAUAAAUCUUGGAGUUGGGAAUUAUCAAAACCAGAGUUGGAAGCACAGCCCUUCUUCAAUAACCUACCGGUGACGGAAAAGCUCAGCCUUAGACACGGCGCGCAGGUGAUGCUUCUCUCAAAUAUCGACUUCAACUCCGGGCUUGUCAACGGUUCUCGUGGCGUUGUAACCGGCUUCGCUGCCUACACUCGAGAUCGACUUCUUGAAGGGAUUCAAGACGAUGUGAAAAAGGAGCUUUCCGAUUACUUCAAAGAGACAACUAACGAUAAUAAAACCGUCUUUAUACCAUUGGUAACUUUCCGUGCAACUAACACAUGCCGCCCUAUCUUCCCGGUCGUCUGGAAAGAGGCAUUCUCACAAUGGCUCAGCCCCACCGUGAAAACAAACACCUUAUCUCUAAGCAGGAAACAGAUCCCGCUUGGGCUAGCGUGGGCAACGACAAUCCACAAGAGUCAGGGGAGUACGUUUGACUUUGCGUCUGUACAGGUUGCCGGUGCAUUCGACCCCGGGCAGGCCUAUGUUGGGUUGAGUCGGUGCAGGUCAACAAGUGAUAUGCAGGUUCUGGGGAAUAGGUAUAGCCUGCAAAGAGCGUUUAUGCAGAACAAGAGCGCCUCGAAGUUCUACGAUUACAUGAAGGAGAAAGCAGAGAAACAGCGAGCAGAGAGGCGGCGGGCAGAAAAAGGAAAAGAAAGGGCCCACGAAUAG